AUGAAGGAAGUGAUUUUGGCUAUCUUAACCUUUAUAUGUAGUGUAAUUUUAGUUUUAACAUUCGUAUUAUUUUGUUGGUACGUGGUUUGGAAGUGUUGUCUAUCUAAAUUUCGAUUCGUUCGAGAACUUCUUGGGGGUAUGUCAGAUACCCCUCCUCCUUCAGAAACCCGACAACCAAAAGCCAGGAAAGCUAGACGUGAC